AUGGCUGACGUGUAUUUCAAUUUGGCUGCAGCUUUGGAAAGCUACAAACCCGACUCUGUGGAAGCUGAAUCAACGAUCAAGAUCAAAGAACACGAUGCAGAGUGUGACCAACAUUCAGGAAUCGACAUAGAGGUGGUUGAUGAGCCUCAUAACAUCGUCAUUGCCUUGCACCGUUUAAAGAAAACCCAGAAGCUGCAGGGCACUGAAUUCUCAGACGAGGAGCUGUGCAACAUUUUCUUUGAGAAUGUGGUGGAAGAGUAUGUGACACCAACAGUCCAUCAAAAAACAACAAAUGCUGCUGACCACUAUGACUCGUCUGAACAACCGCCGCAAAAGUCCUUCAUCUGUGAUGUUCGAAACAAGUUCCUGGUUCUAAGUAAAGGAAUCACCACGGAGCUGCAGGCCAUCACCCUCCAGAGUGGGAACAAGAGCAGAAGGGUCCAACUGGAACUGACUACAUACAAACCCUCGGUCACACCUGACAAAGGCCGACCUAUUGCCUUGGGGGUGGGAGAAGACCUCUACCUCUCAUGCACGUCUUCCUCUGGGAAACCUGUUCUAGGCUUAGAGGUGGUGAAAAAGGAAGACCUGAAGAGCAUCAGUGGCGACAUGAAGCGAUUCCUGUUCAACAAGACAGUCUCUGGGCAAACAGUGACCAGCUUCGAGUCAGUGAAGUAUAAAGGCUACUUCAUCAGUACGUCUUACACUGAUGGACAGCGAGUGGACAUGUGCCAGAGUCAGGAUGUCCCGGACCGCCUGACGACUUUCACGCUUGUGUGAAAUGGCCAUUUCUGCCACUAUAUACCAAACACCCAGACAGUAUGUACAAUGUGCAGCCUUUAGUCUGGGUGUUUUUUAAAAACCUGAGCAGAGUUGAAGGGUUCAGAACAGAGUCCCUAAACUCACUGGGAUGGAUUUCCAACCUUAUAUUUGGGGAAAUUUCAUUUGUCAUAGUAAAUACAAAUUGUAUUACCUAACAGCAAGUUAAGUAGAAGUUCAUUUUGAAUUCCUGUGGAUGUCAUUUUAUUAAUUUGUAUUUAUGGAAUUUUUGUGUGGGCUGAAGUUCCUUUGUUUUUAUUUAUUUAUUUAUAUAUGUAUUUAUGUAUGGUGUUUAUUUAUUAUUCUGCAUAUUCUGUUACAAUUUCUGAUUGAUUUCUGAUUCUGAAUUUCUGAAUGAUCUACAAUUUACCAUGAAUCUACCAUAUAAUCAACCAUGACUUUGCAAAGCAAACA